AUGGAGCUGCGCCACCGUGGCCAGACGACGGCGCCGAGACCGACCGCGGCGACCGAACCACCGGCGGACCCGGAGGAGGUGAAGAAAAAGCUUCAUGGACCACAGCCCGGAUCAGCGCAGACCUUUUGCGUGACCAAGUCCAUCAUUUUGCGGCUUUUGGGGCUUAUCUAUGCCAUCGCGUUCAAGGUGGCAUAUGAUCAAAAUCCGAGCCUCAUCGGGUCUCAAGGUUUAACCCCAGUGGUCGGCCGUGUGGAACAACUGAAACAGCAGAUGGCACCCAUGGAUGGAUUUCUGGCAGCACCUAGCAUCUUCUGGUUUCUUCCAUUGACGGAUGAGGCUAUGCAAUUGGUUGCUGGAGCCGGGAUGGCUCUUAGCUUGGCACUGAUUUGUGGCCUCUUCUCCUCAUUCAUUUGUGCACUCUUAUGGCUGCUUUACUUCUCCAUUGUGACCUCUGCAGAUGGAACUGCUUGGUAUAGCUAUGGCUGGGAGAGCCAGCUGUUGGAAACUGGCUUCCUGGCAAUCUUUCUAUCGUCGCCUUUCCAUUUGUCAUCGCCUCCAUCUUUGCCUGUGCUAUGGCUGUUCCGCUGGUUGUGCUUUAGGAUUUCCACAGGCGCGGGCCUCAUCAAAGUUCGCGGCUCCAGUUGCUGGACGGAUCGAACCUGCUUGUGGUACCACUUCGAAACCCAGCCGAAUCCUUCGCCGCUCUCGUUUCUUUGGCAUUUUUUGCCCCGCAACAUGCUAUCGCGUGGCGUGGAUCUGGAUAUCUUUGUACAACUCUAUGCUGUUUGGCUGGUCCUGAUCCCCGGAUUUGGGCUGCUGAAGUAUUUGAGACGGAUCGGAGGCUUAAUACAAGCACUCUUCAUGCUCAACAUUGCCAUCUCUGGGAAUUUGUCUUUUCUGAAUCAUUUGACGAUCAUUCCUGCGCUGGCCUGCUUGGAUGACGCCUGCUGGAGCUUCCAGAGGCCCAAGGUGGUCAAGGAAACUCCGAGAUCCGGAACAUGCCCCUUAAUCUUCAAAGGGACUCGUUGGCUUGUUGACUUGACGCUCUUUUCCACGAUCGCGUACCUGUCCUUACCGGUGGCCAAGAACCUUCUUCAAAUCGAAGGCCGUCAGAUGAUGAAUGCCUCGUUUGGAGCUUUUCGCCUGGUCAACACCUAUGGAGCCUUCGGGAAUGUGGGCAAGGAGCGCUAUGAGGCAAUCGUGUCUGUUUCCCAUGACAAGCGCCAAUGGCACGAGCUGGAGUUCCCCUGCAAGCCUGGGCGACUGGACCGGAGGCCCUGUAUGUGUGCUCCAUAUCAUUACCGCUUGGAUUGGAAUAUUUGGUUCCUGGGCUUCAAGCCUCACCAAGCCUAUCUGCAACAAAGAGAGACCUGGAUGUGGUCCUUCUUGGCCAAGAUCCUCGAAGGGGAUGAUGUGGUGCUCAAGCUUCUUGCACCAGAGACGGCCGAAAGCAAAGCCUUUUAUCCUCACGGGCUUUCAGGUGGCCGAAAAGUUCCCAGAUACAUCAAAGUGGACAUGUGGAGAUACCGCAUGAAGGCACCUUUGUGGGAGAUUGUCAAGGACCUUUAUCGGAAUGGCACUGCCAUUUGGUGGGAGCGAAGCAAAGGGGAGCCGUUGAUCCCCGCUCUCGAGCGGAACUACACGGUCUUGGUGCAGAUGUUGAGGCAUACUGCGAUGCCAUGA